AUGGGAAGCCUCGAGAAACCUGGCAGAGCGGCUCCUACUCACACCGGGGAGCACUUCACGCCCACGAUCCAUCACGACACGUACCCCGCCAUUGAUGUCUCCCACAGUGUGGGCAUGGUAGGCAAGCACGUCUUCCUGACGGGGGCGUCACGGGGUAUUGGCAAGUCGAUGGCUCUCGCCUACGCUAGGGCGGGGGCGUCGAUUAUCGGUAUCGCCGCACGGUCAGAUCUGGAAGAGGUCAAGAAGGAGAUCGAGAACGCCGCCGCCUCGGCUGGUCGCGUGGUGCCGAAAGUAGUGACGGCCAGCAUGGACGUGCUGAACCCGGAGAGCGUGCAGCGCGCCGUCGACAGGAUGACCCCAGACUUUGAGGGGCGGCUCGACAUCCUGAUCAGCAACGCGGGUUACAUGGAACCCUGGGUCAACAUACUCGAGGCCGACGUCGACGAGUGGUGGCGGUCCUGGGACGUCAACAUCCGCGGACACUUUCUGACCUGGAAGGCCCUGCUGCCAUUGCUGCUAGCCGACGGAUCGAGCCUCAAGACGGUCGUCAACAUGUCGAGCAUCGCGGCGCAGAUGUGCAUCCCGGGCGCCAGCGCAUACCAGAGCACCAAGUUCGCGCUGCUGCGACUGAGCGACUUCCUCAACGUCGAGUACGGCGCGCAGGGCGUGAUCGCGUACUGCAUGCAUCCGGGGGCGGUGCCGACGGAGCUGGCGUGGAGGAUGCCCGACUUUGUAAAAGUCAAUCUGAUCGACACGCCCGAGCUCAUGGCCGACACGGUGGUGUUCCUGACGCAGACGCGCCGCGAGUGGCUGCGGGGCAGGUACCUGUCGUGCAACUGGGACAUGCCGGAGUUGCUGGCCAUGCAGGACGAGAUUGUGGACGGGGACAAGCUGAAGAUGCGGAUGGUGUUUUAG